GGAGGAUGCUGCGGCCGCCGCGGGGCGAGGCGGCGGCAGCGGCGGCGGGAGUAGCGGUACUAGCGGUACUUGGCGGCGUAGAGGAUGCGGCGGCGGUGGUGUCGGCAGCAGCAGGCGGAGGAGCGGGGAGCGAUGCGGUGCUGCGCGGCGGGGCCGUGGCCGCACAGCGCCCUCACCACGCUCCUGCUGACAGCUAUUUUGCUAAGCUCUGCUGAUGGCAAUAAUGGAACUGUUAACUGGACGACUAAGCGAGCCCACAGUUAUGUUAUCAGCAGAAUAAAGGCUGUUCAGAAGAAUGUGUACACAAUUCUGUCUAAGGUGCACUCUGAUCGGAAUGUAUACCCUUCUGCUGGAGUUCUGUUUGUUCAUGUUUUGGAGAGAGAGUACUUUAAGGGGGAAUUUCCUCCUUACCCAAAGCCUGGUGAAAUAAGUAAUGAUCCUAUAACAUUUAAUACGAAUUUAAUGGGUUACCCUGACAGACCUGGAUGGCUGCGCUAUAUACAAAGGACACCGUACAGUGAUGGGGUGCUGUAUGGCUCACCAACUGUAGAAAAUGUGGGCAAGCCAACCAUCAUUGAGAUCACUGCAUAUAACAGGCGUACCUUUGAAACAGCAAGACACAAUUUGAUCAUUAAUAUAAUGUCAGCAGAAGCAGAUUUUCCUUUACCGUAUCAAGCAGAAUUCUUCAUAAGGAAUAUGAAUGUAGAAGAAAUGUUGGCAAGUGAAGUUCUGGGUGACUUCCUUGGAGCAGUGAAAAAUGUAUGGCAGCCAGAACGCUUGAAUGCUAUAAACAUUACUUCAGCCCUUGACAGGGGAGGGAGAGUUCCACUUCCCAUUAAUGACAUGAAAGAGGGUGUGUAUGUGAUGGUUGGGGCAGAUGUUCCUUUCUCUUCAUGUUUACGAGAAGUGGAAAACCCACAAAAUCAGCUGAGGUGCAGUCAAGAAAUGGAGCCUGUAAUAACCUGUGAUAAAAAAUUUCGGACUCAAUUCCAUAUUGACUGGUGUAAAAUCUCUCUGGUUGACAAUACAAAACAAGUUUCCACCUUUCAGGAAGUGAUUCGUGGAGAGGGAAUAUUACCUGAUGGUGGAGAAUACAAGCCACCUUCUGAUACACUGAAAAGCAGAGACUAUUACUCGGAUUUCCUAAUUACGCUGGCAGUGCCCUCGGCAAUAGCACUGGUGCUUUUUCUAAUUCUUGCCUAUAUCAUGUGCUGCCGACGGGAAGGAGUGGAAAAGAGAAACAUGCAAACACCAGACAUCCAGUUGGUGCACCACAGUGCUAUACAGAAAUCAACCAAAGAGCUCCGUGACAUGUCCAAGAACAGAGAGAUCGCGUGGCCGCUCUCCACGCUGCCUGUGUUCCACCCCGUGACGGGCGAGAUCGUCCCGCCCCUGCACACGGACAGCUACGACAACACCAGCAUGCCUCUGAUGCAGACACAGCAGAACCUGCCACAUCAGACUCAGAUUCCACAGCAGCAGAGUGCAGGAGAAUUUCGUAUGACAACAUUUCAAAGAUUUGAGGUAAAUGGUAUUCCUGAGGAAAGAAAACUAACAGAAGCAAUGAAUUUGUAAUCAAAGAAGGCAGCAAAUUGUCUCACUUCCUUAUUUGUUCUGGUUAUUGCAUGAGUUUUUCUGGUGUAUAUUGUGCAUGCCCACAGUAUUAUGAUGGUUUCAGUGCCAGGAGUACAAUCACUUCCAUAUAACUGAUGUACUGUAUCCUUUUGUACUUUGGACAUUUUUGACAAUUUGUAAACACUGAUAACUUUUUAUAUUUGUUACAUUCAGGAAGUAAUCUUUAAUGUAUAUAUAUACAUACAUACAUACAUGUAUAUAUGUAUGUAUAUAUAUGUAUUAAUAAAUAUCAAGCUUUAUUCUGUCUUGUGAUCUCUCCUGAAAGUUUUAACAGGAAAGUCAAAACUUCAGAGAUUCAAGGGAUUUCAGACUAUUAAUGGGAUGAUAUAAUUGCCUAACAUUUGCACAGGGAAAGAAGUAGUGUGCAAGCAUGAAAACUUGUGCAACAUGAUGAGGCUCAGAAAUAGUAUUGCAUAUAUAUUAGGUAUUAUCUUUUUAGAGAUUACCAAAUAUAAUGAGCAAAGUUAUUUUUGGAAAAGAAAUAAAGAAAUAAUGCCCUAGAGAAAGUAACUAAAACUUCUCAUGAUAAAAAUUGGGGUUUUGUUCUUUUAACAGAUAUUUACACUAUUUCAAAACUUGUAAGCAAUAAAGCAUUUAAAAUCUCUCCAUUCAUUCACCUGGUUAUGUUAGAAGAAAGUGCUACAAACUAUUGUAGGCAAAAAUUAAUGUCUGCAAAUGAGGAAGGGUUUAAUUUGGUACAGUAUACCUGGACUAACUCUUUAAAAACACUCUAAAUUUUUUGUGGUAUUCACAAUAAAGAGCCCCAAUGCUGUUUAUUUUUUAUAUCCUCCACAUAUUUUUUUCUUUUUGGAGUGCAAACUGUUGUGGGAGAAUUAUGUAUCCAGUAAACCAGAGAUUAUAUUUUCACAUCUUAAAAAGGACUUAAUUAAAGGCAUACUUUGCUGGGAAGUGGUUUCUUUGAGAGGCAUUUGUCCAUGCAGCUGAAAGCUUAAUAAUAUAUGGACUUUGCUAAAAGGAUUUGAUUUGGGGUUGCCAUGUUUUUCAAUAGAUAACUAUAAUUCAUCUACUGACACUUUUCACCAGCUUUUAAAUGAAUUUCUGAUGCUUCUUUAAAUCUUCAAUCUAAGGACAUCACACAGGACUUCAGGGUCUGCAGCUGUAACAGCUGACACCAAGAGUUCUUGGGGUUUUACCUCAAAGCAUGGCAUUGUUUUAAGCUGACACUUACACUUUGUCUUUUUUCUGUAAUAUUUUCUCUUUCAGAAGCUGUAUGUUCAUCAGGACAUUGCAUUGUAAGCAGAAAACUGCGUCUGCUUUAAAAUUGCUAAAUGCUGGCUACAUUUCCUUAGCUGAGGUUCCUGAAGUCUCUGCUAAGAGAAAUUUGAAUAAUUUUGGAAUUUAAGACUGAAAAUAAAAGGAAUACGUUAAAUGAGGUCAUUUUGUAAAAAGACCAAAGUA